AUGGUUGAGAAGGGAGAUCUAGUACCCGAGGCGUACAAGAACAAGCUGGAGCACCUGGAAGCGCUUUUGAGUGAAUUCCAAACACCGGACUAUGCACAGAGAGGCGACACAGGUACCCGGUCCCAUCAGAUGCCGGAGCUAGGAGAAGAUGGUGGUAAUGGAGAGGGACUGAUACGGAAGAGUGAAGUUGUAGGUCUGGGUCCGAUAGGUGGUGAGGGGUUAGGGCAAGUCGAGACAUGGGAUCUAAUGAAUGAUAUCACAGCCUCACAGCUGAUGCCGGUGGCGAGUACCUUGGAUGUGAAUGAGAUGCUCGACUGGGUGGGGUUUCCGGUUGAUUUGCCCAUGGAUGAGAGCGACAACCCCCAAGUCUGUUUUGCCGUCGCCUCCGUGUACACGAAUGAAUGGCCACGGGGAGAACACUGGAAAAUCUCGCGCAAACAACUCGCCACUACGCCGCACUACUACGCCACCACCCACGAGGCGUACACUGUCCUGAAGGGCAGCGGGACAUAUCUCCUGGGCAAGUCCCCGCUGGACCCAGGCGCUGAUGCGCAGCGUAACCCGGUCGGGGUCAAAUUUGUUGCUCGUACGGGUGAUAUUUUUCUUUUCCUUUCCCGGUAA